AUGAAGAAAGGUGGUUCCAGAAAGAUGUCAAAUGCCACUGAUGAUUUACCAGAGUUUUUCAAGGUUUACACCUCUGCUCUAAGUUCCGAUUUGAUGAGAAUUCCACCAGAUUUUAUCACCAAAUUUGCUGGGAAUAUUCCGACAACGUGCACGUUGGAAAGGCCACAGGUUGCAUCUUGGAAAGUUGAUGUGUGCAAAGUGAAGGAUUGUUGGUUUUUCCAAAAGGGUUGGCCUGAUUUUGUGGAAGAUAAUUCUUUACAAGAUGCUGAUUUUCUCACAUUUUGCUAUCUUGGGAAUUCCUUGUUUUGUGUCAACAUAUUCGCACCAAAUGGUUGUGCAAAAAGAGGUCAAUCUGCAGGUACUAAUGUUCCAACACAUGAGGUCCAUCCAAGAAAAGUGGAAGAUAUCAACAAAAACCCUAAUUUCACCAUUGUGCUAACCAAGGGAUACUUGAAGAAGCGGGUUGUGCGUAUGCAACGGAAGUUUUGGAAUGCACACAUGAAAAAGCAUAAAGGAUCAAGACUGGAUGCUACUCUUUGGGUGGAAAAUCAAGAAUGGAAUGUGGGAGUGUUGAAACGUCAUGAUAGUAUUCUAAUUACGAAAGACCCAAUUGAGGUUAUGGUGACAGUUUCAAUCCCACCAAAAUAUGGUUGUCUACUUUGA